AUGACCAUCGCCCGCGAGGAGUCUACAUCCAAAUCCCAAACACCAUUGGCGGUAUUCUCGAAUACAGGCAAGCCAGCUCACUAUGCUGUCUUCAUCCCCACCGGUGAAACAAGCGAAAAGGGAAAGCUUAUCCAUGUGACCGGAACUACCGCCACAGGAUUCUUCCUUGAGUUCAAGCGGAAUUACAACGUCGGUGCCACUAAGCGGAGUCACCAAAUCAUUCCGCUGGCCAAAGUCAAUGCCAAAUAUAUCACCGAUACUGUUGGCAACGGACACGAGUCUGCUGAUACAACGGCUCGUGAUCGACUGGAGUCAGUCGCGACAAUUGUGCCGCCUCCGGGGCGAAGCCCUAAUCCCUUUGAUCCAUCGGCACCCAAUUGCCAGAAUUGGAUAGCAAACUAUGUCGAGAGACUCAUUGCCGAAGGCUUGCUUGAGAGCAGCGCCGCUUCCGUUCUUCAAAGCGCCCCGCGACGGCUGUGA